CACUUCCUAGAGCUUUUCGGUUGGCGGCUGCUGCUGCAGUCCUGUGGGUUGCCUGGCCCCAAGCGGCAGUGACAUGGAGGAAUUCGACUUCGAAGACUUCUCCACCUCGGAGGAGGAUGAGGACUACGUGCCGUCGGGUGGAGAGUAUAGUGAAGAUGAUGUAAAUGAAUUAGUGAAGGAAGAUGAAGUGGAUGGUGAAGAGCAGACACAGAACACGAAAGGGAAAAAGAGAAAGGCUCAGAGCAUUCCGGCCAGGAAGAGAAAACAAAGUGGCCUCUUGUUAGAAGAGGAAGAAGAUGCCAUGGCUGAAUCUGGAGGAAGUAGCAGUGAGGAGGAAGAUGAAACAGAAGAGCAGGAGAAAGGUAUUGGGUCAGAGGAUGCAAGGAAAAAGAAGGAGGACGAGCUCUGGGCCAGCUUCCUCAACGAUGUGGGACCAAAACCAAAAUUAGCCUCCAGUACACAGGCAAAGAAAGGAGAGGAGGCUGAAAAGAUGAAUUCAAAUAAAUUGUUGGUCAAAACAGAAGAGCUGGAGAAACCUAAAGAAACCGAAAAAGUAAAAAUCGCCAAGGUGUUUGAUUUUGCUGGUGAAGAAGUAAGGGUGACUAAGGAAGUGGAUGCUACAUCUAAAGAAGCCAAAUCCUUCUUCAAGCAAAAUGAGAGAAAACCACAGGCUAAUGUCCCUUCAGCUGUGCCGUCACUCCCUGCUGGGUCAGGGCUGCAGACCUCCCUGGAGGUUGGGAGCCAUGGUGGGCUCCCGUGGUCCAUGGGUUUCCAUGGGAUGCGGCCAGGCUUCGUACUGCUGCUGCCAUGGCCCAUGGGCAGAGUCAGCCAGGCAGGCUGGCAUUAG